GUCUCGUGAAAAGGAGGCUAUUUAAAAAUAGUGGUAACCGAACUUCGUAAAAUAAACGUGGGUUAACGGCGCUAAACGAGUUACCGAGUUUUCAAUUAAUAAAAUGAUUUUACAUUAUUUUUGCUUAUUUUUAAUUCUAUAUGUUAAUGGAGAAGAAUUAUGUCGAACAUAUGCAGGAGGACAAGUUUAUCCUGAUGAAAAUAAACUUGGUGCAGAGCAUGCAUUACACUGGAGUAAAGCACAAAUUUCAAAGCCUGCACCUUCAUGGCAUGGAAAAGCUGUUGUAAAUGGAGAAUUUAAAGAUAUUAAGUUGUCUGAUUAUAAAGGAAAAUAUUUGGUGUUUUUUUUCUACCCAUUAGACUUCACAUUUGUAUGUCCAACAGAGAUUAUUGCAUUCAGCGACCGCAUUGAUGAGUUUAAAAAAAUUAAUACUGAAGUUAUCGCUGUUUCUGUUGAUUCUGUGUUUACACAUUUAGCAUGGAUUAACACCCCAAGGCAACAGGGUGGUCUUGGAAAAAUGAAAAUACCACUGUUAGCUGACUUAACCAAACAAAUUUCAAAAGAUUAUGGAGUCUUACUUGAAGAUGCUGGUCACACUUUAAGGGGUUUAUUUAUUAUUGAUGACAAAGGUAUUUUAAGACAAAUUACAAUGAAUGACUUGCCAGUUGGUCGAUCAGUUGAUGAAACAUUGCGUUUAGUUCAAGCAUUCCAAUACACAGAUAAACACGGGGAAGUGUGUCCAGCUGGUUGGAAACCUGGUUCUGAUACGAUUGUUCCUGAUCCUAAAGAAAAGUUAAACUAUUUCAAGAAAGUUAAGGAAGGGUUAUGAUUGCUCUUUUACUUUUCAAUUAUAAUUAUUUGAAAAAAUCAACCUUUAGUCGGCAGUUUAAAACAUCGAGUUUAUAUUGUUUAAAUAUUUGUUUGAAUUAAGAAACUAAAAAAUAUUGAUGCUAACAGCGCAUUAUAUAAAUACUAGGUAUAUUUUAUAUGAUAAUUUUUUUUUCUCGCUUUUUUAUGUUGUUAUGUUAAAAUGUGACUGGUUUUGUUUUAUUGUUGAUUUUUAAGUGUAGGGUUUGUAUUAUUUAUUCUGAUACCAUUGUCAACAUGUAUUGGUAUUAAUAAAUUUUAUAAUAAUAAUAUUGUUA